AUGCCAGCGGCAGCGGCAGUUGCGGAUAUUGAGCUGCUGCCACACCACGCCGUGCUUCUCGCCCAUGCCAAGAUGCUCAUCUCCGUCUUCGACUGCGGCACCGACGCGGAGGCAGGGAACGAGGGUGAGGCACAUCUUGUAGGGUCCGCGGCGCUGCCGCCGCUCGACGUCAUUCUUGCCACAGUGGAGCAGGGCAACCGCUGCCGCUGCGACGACGCCACGCAACGAAUGAAAGGCGGAGCGACCGUGGCGCAAAACGUUGAGCUGCCGCCAUGGGAGUUGCCGUUGCACCGCUGCAGCCGGCGUGUGGGCACACUGUGUCUUGCCUGCUCACCGCCCAUGUGCACUAGCUCCGCUGCCGCCGCAGAGGAGGAUUUGUUGUAA